AAAGCUUCAAACAUCGGUUAAGGCUACGCCUGCGCAGAUUGGUUUCGAAGGUUGGGACUGUUGGAUGUGUUGUGGUCGUGGUCAUGGUGUGAAAGUUUCCUAAAUUUGGUCUUAAGUGCUAGGUAUGAGAUGCGGGUCGGCUUCAAAAAAAAUGCCGUUCCUUUGUCAGGGGGCUCUUUUAAAUGUGGCGUCAACUUGGAUUCUGCAUUUCUAAGCACAGGAGAUCCAGAAUAUCGGUUUUCCCAAAAUCUCCCAGUGGGGUAUUGCUUGGAGCAGACUGGGACGCUUGAGAUGCAUUAAAAUUGCCACCCGCUACCUUGAGGAGACGGUCGGUACUCAGCGAUACAUGAGAUGGAAUUCAGCCCUAUUGCACAUAUACUCUCACAGGUUGCAUGUGAUUAAAAGCAGUGUUUAUGGUUGCUUUUUGGGUGAAUCUGAUACCUUCUGGAGAUGUAGGCUACUAUAUGGGCAAUGGUAGCUAGGAAUUUAUAGUCUGGUUGAGGUCAAAAAGUUUUCUGUAUCCAACUCUUGCAGGCAGUGAUUGAUCUAUGCAUUUUUCAAUGAAAUAAUAAUCUUUGUGGGAUUUUUUCCCCCCCAAAGAUAAGAGGAAUUUAGAAAGAUGCCACUUUUUGGAAACACAUUCAGUCCAAAGAAAACUCCGCCCAGAAAAUCAGCCUCACUUUCCAACCUCCAUUUGCUGGACAGAUCUACCCGUGAAACUGAGCUGGGCUUAGAAUAUGGAACCCCUGUUAUGACACUUACAGGACAGAGUCUGAGGUUUGAGAAUGGCCAAUGGAUACCUGAAUCAUUUGGAAGCAAUGGGGACCGCAGGGAGACACAGCGUCUUCGCAAACGGAAUCAGCAACUGGAAGAAGAGAACAAUCUUCUUCGGUUGAAAGUGGAUCUUUUGUUGGAUAUGCUCUCUGAGACAACUGCUGAAUCCCACCUCAUGGAGAAGGAAUUAGAAGAACUGAAAAAUUACAGCCGAAGGAGGAAGUGAAUUAUAAAUUGGCAAUCUCUAGGAGAUAAGGGGAAGAAAUAACAGGCAAAUGUGAUUUAGAGCGAUCAGAUCCAUCUCUUGUGAAGUCAAAUCUGCCUUGGAAGACUUUGCUGUCUUCGACUCUUUAUAGCCAGGGACCCAACUAAGAAAUAGUUAGUUCCGGUGCUGUGAGGAAGCUAGUAUCUACUUUUUUCUCUUUGUGAAACUUCUAUCCAAGUGCUCUUAACAUAUAUUCAUUAUAUUACUGAUUAAGUAUAGAUAAUAUUUAUGUCAUCUUCCCAAGAAGAUAGCAACCAUUCUGAAAGAUCAGAAGAGAAGAGAAGAUAGGAACAUUCCUUGCGAUACAACUCAGGAUACUUACAGAUAAUGAAAUGUCAGUUUUUUAAGCUAGAAUAUAUGCAUGCAGCAUGCACUUAUUUUUGUCAGCUUAUGUGAAUUGUAAAGCAAGCUAGAAAGCUGAAUUUACUCAUAAUUCAUAAGACUGAAAACAUGGUAAAGUGUUUCUAAAUAAGGGAGGACCAAAAGUCAGCUUUAGAUUAUAAAUCCUGUCUUAAUUGAAAGUUCACACUUAACGGGUUAAGUGUGAGCUAGCAAUGUAGCCUGUUUUUGCUUUAUAUAGAGGAACAGGUUGCCUGCAAAUGGAAUGUACAUGAGUGCAUGUUGCUUGUGCACAUUUUGGCUUGUCAUGCCAGGACUCAUGCUGUGUCUAAAAUACACCAUUAUCUUUCUUUAAUUUACUUUAGGUUCACUAUCCAUGCAUUCCUUGUCAUCUAGGAGUCCAAUGUCUGGAGGGCAAAAUAUCUCUGGAUUGUAGUUUCUGACAAUGACUUGGUAUAUGGCAGACAAAACAGAUAGCACACCAUAUCUUUUCAUUAGUUUCUGUUAUAGGAGAUAUCACAAAUGCUCCUGCACUUUCCCUGAAAGUAUAUAGAAUGCCAUUGGUGAGAUAACGUUUAAAUCUACGACAUCAGAAAAAAGACAUAUCUUGAGGGACCUUAAAAGCUAACAAAAUUGUUGGGGCAUCUGCUUUAAUAGAGUAGUCACUUGCUCACGGAUACUUAGAUGACAUAACACAUUCAUCUCAAAAAUGGCCUAUUCUAUAGUUCGAAAAAAUUAGGGUUGCCUUAUAACAAUAAUAUACCUGUAAAGGUAAAUUAUUGCACCUGUAAAGUGCAAAAACAACUUUUUUAUAUAUCUUAUUUCUUUGAACUUCACACUGAAUAGCCAAUUCUUAUUACUUCUGCUCCUUAAUUCAUAAUAAAGCACUACUUUUUAAAAUUAUUUUCUUGUGUUCUAAUUAAUAACAAAAAGAACAAAAAACAAUUAGUGAUUUCAAAAAGGAAAAAAACUCACAAAAUGCUAUAACAAAUUCGUCAUACAAUGAUAUACUUGUCUAAUACAAAUAUUAUUUAAGAUAUAUAUAGCAUUUCUGGUAAUAUUUAUGACUUUUUAACCAACUAUAUUCUGUAUAAAUGAGUCCCAUAUUUCAUUAUCUUUGUCCAUAAUGUAUAUAAAGGUUACAUCUAUAGGCCAUCUGCUCAUAGGCUGCCAAUGCAAUCAGGUCUUCGAUCCACUGAGUGAAAGGUGCCAUGAGUUAAUCUUUCUAAUGAUGCUAUAUCAGCCUUUUGGCCAUAGUAUGGGCAUAUCCAGUUGUCAAAUUUUAUGUACUAAAUGUGUAAAUCAAUAGAAUAUUAUCCUCCUGAGAAUUUUAGCUUUUGUUGUACAAUCCUAUUUAUGUAAUCCACUACUUUCUGUCCAGACUUGCUAAGUGUAGGAUAUUGUAAAAACAUGUGCUUUAAAAGAAGCAUUAUUCUUAAUACAUCUGUAACAAAAUGCUGUUUUUGAGAGUUCUUUUCUAUACAAACAUAACAGAGUUCAAUGAAUUCUAAAUAUUUUUGUUGUAAAAGUCAUAAAUUGGGGUCUAUUGACAUUCUUACUAUAGACACACACUCAUUAUAGAGACAGUUUAGGAAUCUCUUAUUUUUUUUAUUCCAUUUCUUAACAUCUGCAUAUCAUAUUUAUUGAUAACAUUUAUAAAAAUUAAUAGGGUUUUUAAUUUUAAAGGAUUGAACAAGUUGUUCUAUUAUCUGAGGUAUUUCAGAAACUGAGAAUGCUGCUGGUCCAAACAAUGUUGUUAGCAAAUAGAAUUGUAAAUAUUUCCAUUGGCUUAUAUCAGAUAAAUUAUAUUUAUCUUUUACUGAGAGUCCUUAAUUUAUGACUGUAAUUGAGCCUAGAAUUAUGGUUGUAAAUCAUUGCGAUUAUAAGUUGAGCACUCAUGUAACCAGCAGUAAUUUUUCCAGCUAUUUCCCCAGUAGUUACUGCUGUCCUUAAGGGAGUGCUGCAGUCAUUAAGCAAAUACCUCCAUCAUUAGGUGAACCCAUUAAUUUGGGCACUUUUUGCCAGAAACCAGCAAAAAAUAUCUUAAAUCACAGUCAUAUAACCAUGGAAAACCACAACCAAUUGUAAAGCUGACCUGACCAAUGUAAUCACAUGACCAUAGAUGACGCACCCAUUUAUAAUCACCAGGGAUAUUUUACAGGCCAUAAAGCACCUGUUCCAUGGCUGUUGUAACUUCGAAAAGCUGAAAAUGAUUUUUCAUUUUCAGAAUUACCUGUAGUACUUAGAAUGCUGAGAAUUCAUAAUCAUCUAUCUGGUGGUCCAACAUCAGUAUCUCCAUUUCCAUAUCACCAUUUCCCAAUUUUCAAAGUUGGGAUUCUCCAUAAAGUCAAUUUGGCAUGGGAAAAAGCAUCAAAUCUUUUUUUAUUAGAUAUUAUAUUCUAUAACUUUCUAAUUGAUAUCAUUUUCACAGAUAUUAGAAUUAUAGUAUAGUUAGAUUAGAUGCUAAUACUGUCCAUCCAACCAAUAUAUUCUAGAAUUGGUCCAAAUUGAAAAAUUAACACUAAUUGUUUUCUUCCAGUAUCUAAUGACUGACAGUAGGUAAACAUGAUUAUAUAGCUCCAGAUUUGGAAAGUUGAAUCCUUCCUCAUUAAUUGGUAAUUGCAUUUUUAUACAGAUAUUAUCAGAAUUGAAGAACCCUAUACAAAUUUUCUAAAGAAAAUUUAAUUUCUGAAAGUAUUUUCAAAAUAGAUAAACUGGAAUUCUCAGAAUGUAAAUUAAUCUGGAAUAAUAUUUUUUAUGGAAUUAUAUGCAUUGCACCUUUGGUUAGGAGAGGGGAUGAGGUACAUUUUUCCCUGUUAAGGUAUGUUGUGCAAUUUGCAGAUCUAAUCAGACCAUUUUAAAGAAAAACAUUGUUCUUUAAAUCUACUUUCAUAUUUUAAAACAAACUUGUUCCCAUUAAUUUUAUAUAUUAAUUAUAAUCCUUGACACAGAUAAAAUACAGGAAAAAUUGCCAUUUUCAAGUUAAAUUCAACAGCAAAUAUUACAGGAAUCUAC